GAGGGUGAAGAAUGAAGGGAGCGAAUUCAGGAGAACAAUAAUUCUAUAGAUAUAUAAAAAAAUGAUCAAGUAUUUGGUGGUAGCAUUCCUGUUGAUUGAGUUGAUCACAGCACAGAAGCCUCCUGCAAAUCCAGCUCCCCCUUCAUGGUUGACAUUGAAUGGGGAACGACCAGCAGUGAUUGCAAGAGGAGGAUUCUCAGGAUUGUUUCCUGACUCGAGUCGAUUUGCAUAUGACUUUGUGGGACAAGUGAGCUUGCCUGAUAGCAUUUUGUAUUGUGAUCUGCAAUUGACCAAGGAUGGUGUAGGCUUUUGCCAGUCGGAAUUGAAGCUUGAUAAUUCCACCAAUAUCGCUCUUCUCUUCCCUAAAGGCCAAAAAUCUUACAAUGUUAAUGGCAAAGAUGUCCGUGGUUGGUUUGCUAUCGAUUAUUUAGCUGAUGCCCUUUUACCUAAUUUAACCUCGGCUCAGAAUGUACUGACUAGACCUAAUGCAUUUGAUGGCCAACCAUUACUGCUAGUUGAAGAUGUAACGUCUAUUAGCAAGCCACCUCCAAGAGUCUGGUUAAAUGUUCAGUAUGACCUGUUCUACAACCUGCAAAAAAUCAGCCCAGCAUUAUACCUUGAGGAUUUGAGAUUCGCUGGAAUCAAUUAUAUAUCCUCCCCAGAGAUUGGGUUCUUGAAAAGUAUAGCAGCUAAAGUGGACAAGGUUCGCACCAAACUCGUGUUGAGGUUCCUCGAACCUGAAGCAGUUGAGCCUACAACCAAGCAGGCAUAUGGUGAGAUAUUGAAAAACCUUGCGGCCAUAAAGCCAUAUGCUUCAGGCAUUCUUGUUCCCAAGACAUAUAUAUGGCCAAUCAACAAGGAAAUGUAUCUUAUGCCACCCACCACUCUUGUAAAUGAUGCCCACAAAGAAGGCCUUGAAGUAUAUGCAUCUGGGUUCGCCAAUGAUUCUCCUGGCAGUUUCAACUACAGUUAUGACCCAACUGCUGAGUACUUGCAGUUCAUUGACAACGGUCAGUUUUCUGUUGAUGGUGUGCUCACUGACUUUGCUCCUACAGCAUCUGAAGCAAUUGCAUGCUUAGCACACAACAAAAAUGCUAGCAGGCCUCAAAAAGGGCACCCUCUAAUAAUAAGUCACAAUGGUGCCAGCGGGGAUUACACAGGAUGCACUGAUCUCGCAUAUGACAAGGCAGUCACGGAUGGGGCAGACGUAAUUGAUUGUUCAGUCCAAAUGUCAAAGGAUGGAGUUGCAUUCUGCCUCGAUUCAGCUGACCUUUUGGGAGAUACUACUGCCAUCACUACCUUCAUGUCUAAAUCCUCCAGCAUCCCUGAAAUCCAACCCAAGAACGGAAUCUUUUCAUUUGACCUCACUUGGAGUGAGAUCCAAAGCCUGAAACCGCAACUAACGAGCUCAAUACCACAAGACAUGGGAGGCUUGCCAAGGAAUCCAGCAAACAAGGACAAGGGAAAAUUUUUAACCCUUGUUGAGUUUCUAGACUUUGCCAAGGCCAAAGCAGUUACUGGAGUGCUCAUCAACGUACUGAAUGCACCCUACCUAGCCUCGAAGAAAGGUCUAGACAUAGUAGGUGCUGUCACCACUGCCUUGAGCAAUGCCACAUUGGACAAGCAGUCGACCCAACAAGUUAUGAUCCAAUCAGAUGAUACAGCAGUGCUAGCAAAGUUUAAGGAAGUUCCAAAAUACCGCAGAGUGUAUGUUAUCAAGGAUAUAAUAAGUGAUGCCCCAAAGCCAUCGGUGGAUGAAAUUAAGAAAUAUGCGGAUGCUGUUGAUGUUAGGAGGCCUAGCAUUGUUAAAAGCACAGCCUCCUUCCUCAGCAACUUCACUAAAGUCGUUGAGGAGAUGCAUGCAGCAAAUCUCUCAGUACACGUCUCCACCUUAUACAAUGAGUACACCACCCUGGCAUUUGACUUCUUUUCUGAUCCUAUGAUAGAGCUAGCCACCCUUAUUGAGGGACUCAAGGUCGAUGCAGUUGUCACUGAAUACCCAGCUACUGCCAAUGCCUACUUAAGAAGCCCAUGCUCAGACCCAACUAAGACAAACCUAGAGUACCCGAUAAGUCCAGUGGAGGCAGGGGCUUUGCUUGAAAUAGCUGUACCACAAGCGCUUCCUCCGUCAGGAGCACCAGCACCGGCACUUGAGGCAGCCAGCAUUGUGGACCCACCUCUGCCUCCAGUUUCUAAGGUGGAUAGCCCAGCAGCACCUGCAGAUCAGAAGAAGAGCGGAAGUGGGAGGACCACCACCACCAGUGUAUGUCUCUCUUUGGUGGUUGUACUACUCAGCUUGGUUUUAAGAGCUCACUAACAAUGGAGUACUUAAAGGCUUUCCCAGGGAUAUAUUGUAAAUGUUGUAUGCUCCAGCUUGAGGUUGUAACAAAAAAUAACUCCCCAAUUAUUGGUAAUCAUAUCUUCUGUAGAACAGGGGUCGAAAACAUCCUACACUGAAUGUCACUGUACAAAAUUACCUCAUAUUGUUGCAGAAAAAUGCCAAUCAGAUUACAUUAUUUCUACCAA